UGUUUUUGUUUUGAUUACGACAAAAGAAACUCCAACCGGGUGGGAAUUUCAUUGCAGGAGAAAUUCUUUAAAUUCCUGACUUAAAGAUCCUUUAAAAUGCACAAAUUACCAAGGAUAAUCCCAUAUACAACGCAUAUUUCAAGGAAUUUACUAAACUGCCAUGGAUUAUAUACCUCCUGCCAACGACAAGUGUCUGCCUUAUACAUAACCGGCGACAAGGCUCGUGAGAAUUAUGUGACUCUGCAACCAUACCUUGAUUUUAAAGGUACUUUUGCAGACAUGGAGUCACUGGAGAAUUCCAUUAAGAAAAGGAAAAUGACAAUGGACCUAAAGGAAGUGCAUCGGAUGUUUGAACACUACAAGGCCAAGUCAAAGGAAAUUGAAAAUGUGGAAAAGGAAAGGGAAAUGAUUGCCAAACAACUGAAAGAUAUGGGCAAGUCUAAGGACCAGCAAAACACAGAGACUAUGAACAGGUUAAAGGAGCAAGGCAAAGAACUGAGAAAUCGAUUGAAAUCCUUGAAAAAUGAUUUCUAUCCUGUGGAGGAUGAAUUUUGCCAGGCAUUUUUACAUUUGCCCAAUCUACUGGAUCGCCAAUGUCCAGAGGGGGAACAUGAAAGAAUUUUAUAUCGCAGUAAGUUGAAUGAAACACAAUCGCCGGAGGCACCAUCACAUUUGCAGCAAACGGACCAGAUCAGAUACAUUGACCACACCCGGUAUUAUUUGAUGAAGCAGGCCGCCAAAUUUGAUUUGUAUUGCACCGAUGCCAUGGUAAAAUAUUUCCUACAAAAAGAACAGUUCAUACAAACCUGUAAUCCAGAUUUUGUACGCUGUGUUUUGCUCGAGGCAAAUGCCACGCCCCUGGAACGUUAUCACAAAGUGGAGGAACAUCAGGUACAAAACAAACUUAAUGGGGCCUAUCUUACGGGUGGUGGCUCCUUUGAAAGUUUUCUGGGUGCGGUAACCAAACUGUGUGUCUACCCAUCGGUUAUACCUUUGAAGUACGUCUGCAGUGGGCGAUUGUAUGAAAGACCGAGUGAGGAAGAAAACCACGCAGCUUCCUUGUACACAGCCAUCCAGACAAAUGCCGUGCAGACUUUUGUGGCUUGCCUAAAUGCCCAGCAGGCUGAGGAACAUAUGGAUACAAUUCUAAAUCGUUGUGUUGAUUUCUAUAAGACUUUUGCCAAUCUACACUUUCGUGUGGUGUAUGUUAAGGCAGCGGAUUUAAUGCCUUCGGAAAGUUUACGAGCCCAAAUUGAGGUGUAUUCACCGCAUGAAAAACGUUAUGUGUGUGUGGGUCGUAUUAGCAAUUACAAGGAUUUCGUUAGCAAACGUAUACUCUUUACAAUGCGUGAACAAAAGGAGUAUAAAUUCUUGCAUUUAAUUGGGGGUCCCAUUCUAUAUACAACACGCCUCAUUGCUGCCUUAAUGGAGAGUCAGGAGCCCUUGGAUUACCAGAAACUUAUGGAGAAUUUGAAACUGAAACCACAGCAACAACAACAACAACCAUCUUCAUCAGAUGCUAGUAGUAAAGAAAAACUUGAAGAAUUCAAAUCGUUAUUUAAAUAAAACAACCGCAACCACCACCUGUUGCAGCAUUUCUAAAUGGAAA